AUGUUAAAAGACCUCAUAAAGAUAAAAAAAGAGAGCCAGUCGGCAAGUUCACCGAAACAGGAACUUUGGUUUGAAAAUCAAGAGAGAAUGAAAUUUCUAAGGCUACAACCCCACAGCCAAGCGGCUCUGGAAUUUCUCCAAAAAAUUGUUGAUACUGAACAUAAAGAAAUAACAAUUAAAUACCAACCGGACGAAUAUAAUAGUGCCGAGUUUUUCAAUGAUAAUAUACCAGAAAGCACAAUUGUAGAAUAUGAAGGCCCCAAAUUAGAAGAGAAAAUCGGAGCCGAGGUAGAACAAGCAUUUUUCGCGGUUUCGCCCGCCAGUUUAGACAUCGAUUUAAAUAAUUAUCGUGGAGAAG